AUGCCUGGUGUCACAAUUGGGCAAGCCAGCACAAACCCGGAGCCCUCAAUGAAUACGGGCGUGGUGGCCAACCUACAAACACCAGACACGCCAGAACCAUUCCAUCAGCCACCCACAGGAGUGUCUGUGUCUGCGGUGCGGCGCGACGUGCAUGAGGAGGAGCUUCAAGAGGCCACAUGCGACAUCUUCACCGUCUUUGGAAGUCAUGGGUGCCGGGAAGCUGCCACAGCUACGGCGCUGACCAUCCGCGUGCCAGGGCGCUUCGAUCAAGACACCCUGGACAACAAAACCCUGCAAGCCAACUUCGGCCCCAACGUGGAGAGAGUGGAGGUGCGCACCUCCAAUAACGAUCCCGCAACCAUUCGCACAAGCGUCCUUCGCUGGCUGUUCGGGCCAGAGCACCGCGGCACGAACACAUGGCCUCUCCUGCAGACCGUGACUGUGCGACACCUCGAGACAUUCGAGCUGGACUUGGACGUGUUUGCGGGCCUACAACGCCUGCGCUCGCUCACCUUCGCCGAUAGCGAAAUCCACGACGCAACCAGCGGUAACUCAUCAGCCCGCAUUGCGUCUCAGCUGAAGACCUUAACCCUGGCGCACUGCGAGCUCACGCGCAUCAACGCGGCGCUGCUGGACCGCAUGUCCAGCCUAGAAACACUUGACCUCAGCAACAACCUGAUCCGGCGCAUUGACGCUGACACCUUUUCCGCCCUCUCAUCCCUGCAAAAGCUCGAGCUGAGCGACAACCUCAUCAGUCAUAUUGCAGACCGUGCGUUCCAAGCCCUGGGCAACCUGACGGAAUUCCAUCUCGAUGACAAUGAUCUCACAACGUUGACGCCAAGCCUGUUUUGUGGCCUGUCUCGUCUCGAGCAGCUUGACUUGGACCACGUCCCCGUCUCAAUCAUCCUGCGCGGCACGUUUGACCACAUGCCCAACCUCAGGGAGCUUGAGAUGAGUGGCAUGGGCCUGGCCUCAGUUUUACCAGACCUCUUCUCCAACAACCUGCAACUGCAAGGGCUUGAUCUGAGCAACAACAUCUUGCAGUUCCUCUCAGCGAACCUCUUGUCGCACCUCACCGGCUUGACUCACCUGCGCCUCGACCACAACCAGCUCGAAACCAUCCCGCCUGGCCUCUUCACGGACCUGACAGAGCUGGACUUGCUCUUUCUCAACGACAACAAGCUGACGGAGCUGGCAUCCAACGUGUUCGCCGACAAUACAGGCCUGACCAGACUCAACCUGCAACGCAACCGGCUCACUUUCCUUCCCCAAACGCUGCUCAAGCCCGUGACACGCUCGCUCACGCACCUGUUCCUCGGCCAGAACAGGCUGUCCACCAUCGACCAGGCAAUUCAAGGCCUGUCCACGCUGCAGGCGUUGUUCGCCCCCUCCAACAAGCUCGAAAGCUUCACGGGACGCGGCUUGGCCAUGCUGACAGAGCUGGAUCUCAGCAACAACCCGCUGCGGUGGCUGCCCCAGUUCCCCGCCAGCGAGAUGCUGGCCACGUUGCGGAUCCAGAACCACGCCAUCACCACGCUUGAUCUCACCCCUCUCUUGAACCUCAAGGCCCUCGAGGCCUUAGAUGUGUCCACGUCUCCCAAAGUGAAAGCAAAGGCGACAGUGGACCGCAACGUCCUGGUUUCACUCGCAGCAACAACAACAGCAGCAGCAGCAGCAGCCACAGCAGCAGCAGCCACAGCUACAGCAGCCACAGCUACAGCAGCCACAGCUACAGCAGCCACAGCUACAGGAACGGCUGCGUCUGAAGGGUCGCAGGAGUACCAUUCUCUCGUCGCCCUGAGCGCACGCAACGUGGACAUGUCCCACGUGUUUGGUGUCGUGCGUGAUGAGGACCACGCGGAUGCACGCAGAUCCUCACACGCCCCCGCGUUUCCUCUGCGCGUGGCGCUGGAAAAGCUGUAUCUGGGCUGGCCACACAUGGACGAGGCGAGCAUUCCCAUCCACGUGCUGUGCGACAUGAUGGCAGAUGAAGCAAGGGAACUCGGCCUUGUUGGCACGGCUUAUGAAACUAUCACCCUCUGCCACAGAACGGAGUUGGACAGCGUGUUCCUCCAGGACAACGUUCAUCUCGAAAACCUAAACAUCCCGACCGACCACCUGGCCCAGCUCAACGUCUCCAACAGCAAGCGCCUGUGGACGCUGUCAGCGCCCGUCAUCGAGGUGCUGGAUGUGUCUGGCACAAACCUGCCGCCAACAUCGUCCUUCUGUGACCAGUGGGGCACGACCAUGCUGUUUGCACGCAACAUGCACAACGAUGGCUUCAACUCCGCCGCAUCUGUGAGGCAGCUGCUGCGAGAAUGCCUCCUCAAGGCCGACACCGUCGAUCUCUCGCACAACAAGUGGCUUAACCACCCCACCGACAUUGCCAGCGUGACUGGCCAGACCACCGUGCUCUCCACCAGCAUCUUCAAGACAGCAGACCUCACCGUCGAACUCCCUUCCCGCACCCUCCCACCUGCCGUCCACCUCCGCAACGGCCCAGUCACGUGCCAGCUCGUGCUGCAGAACCAGCUGCUGCGACUUGCCAGCAACUUUGAGACGGUGUCCACGGAGCUCACCUUCCACUUUGAGUGCGGGUGCGCAGUUGGAUUCAACAUUGCGCCAGACGGCAGCUGUGUUCCCGCCCUACCCUCCAUCUUCCUCACAGCCGAGUUUGCCAUGAUUGUUGGCGUGGUGUUCACGCUGUUCCUCAUUCCCAUGAGCGUGUGGUUUUACCGCCGCCACCGCCGCUACCGUGGCCUCAGCAAGCGUGUCGACUUGCAGGACCAGCUGCUCAUGGAGCGAGAUGAGGAGGUGAUGGCGCUGAAGAAGGCGUGGGAGAUUGAGUACGAUGAGCUGAGGAUGAUCAAGCGGGUGGCUGCGGGGGCGUUUGGUGUGGUGUUCAAGGCAGAGUGGGACACGGUGACGGUAGCCGUCAAAGUGCUACAGCAAGGGGUGAUGAUGUUUGACGACAGCAUGGUGGUUGAGUUUGAGAAGGAGGUGGAGUUCCUGCAGCGGACGCGGCACCCGAAUGUGGUGCGGUUCUUUGGCGCGGGCACGGAUCCCAACGGCAGCCCGUUCCUGGUGCUGGAGUUUGUGGCGAUGGGGUCACUCAAGGAUCUGUUGAGUAAGGACAUUGGCAAGGUGCUGCUGGAAGUGCGCGCAGCUGCAGCUGCACAAGCGGCCAAAGAGCAACACGGCGAUCGCCCCCUCAUCACCACGACCGACGUGCUUGCCGAUGAUGUGACGCUGGUCAACACGGGCGGUCCAGACACGACCGGUCGCCGAAGCCUUCACAUGAUGAUGACCACGUGGGAGUUGAAGCUGCAGCUCCUGCGCGACGUCGCGAGUGGGAUGGCCUUUAUCCACAGCCUCGACCAGAUGCACCGCGAUUUGAAGAGCGGCAACGUGCUCGUGUCUGUCAACUUGCGCGCCAAAAUCACGGAUUUCGGAUCCAUCCGCCAGUGCCUGACGUCACAACCGCGUGUUGAAGCGACAUCAAGUUCCUCGUUCUCGACAGAUUCGCAGUACACGCAACAGAGGGGGCUGGCAACGACAACAGACAUGUCGCUGACAGCUGGCGUGGGCACGCCCCUGUACAUGGCGCCAGAGGCACUCACGGGCGACAAGUACAGCUUUGAAGCAGACAUCUUCAGCUUUGGCGUGCUCAUGUGGGAGGUGGCGACACAGCGACCACCGGAUUUGAUUGAGCAGGAGAAGGGGAGUGACUUCAGGGGACCGUUGUUGGCCACACUCGUUCGACUCUUGGGAGAAGGCAAACGCCUGCGCUUCACUGCCGAGGACGAAGCUACGGUGCCCGAAUGGUACAAGAAUCUCAUCAAGCUUUGUGUCGCCGAGGACCCACAAGAGCGACCCAGCUUCUCCCAGCUCUGCACGCAUCACCUCAGCAUGUCGUGAUGUCACAACAGCACUGUGUGUGUAUGUGCGUAUGUGUGUGUGUGUGUGUGUGUUUG